AUGUCUGGAAGCCGAAAAGCGUGUAAGACCAUUGGCUGGCCGAUCCCACAACAACACUGCAUCGAGAACCUCCGCCAGACCAUCAUGUGCAAAUCCAACAUCAGCACCAUCCCCUGGAUAUACACUGGACGAGUGCACGAAAACUUCCCCUCGGCCAAGACGACACACGUCUGCCGCGACUUUGACAAGCUCACGAAGUAG